AUGGACAUAUUCAAAAUCGAGUGCCUCAUGAAGGACAUGACGGCCGAAAUGAUAUAUAAUCGCUUCAACGACAGUGGCGUUCCCGAUAACGGCUACAAAAGUGCCAAUGCGUCGCCCGGAAGUGUCCACCGACAGACACCGUCGCCGACCGACAGUGGUCUAGAGUCAGACGAUUCCCCCGGAAGAGCCAAUCAAGGCACCAAACGAAUUGACGAAGCUUUAACCGAGCUCGACAGUUCUAAAUCCAGCACGUCGGCAUCGCAGGAAGACGGCGACGGUGUCGGAGCCGACGGGAAGCCGACGCACUCAUACAUCGCGCUCAUUUCCAUGGCGAUCCUGAGCGUCCCGGAGCGCAAGAUGCUCCUCUGCGACAUAUACCAGUAUAUCAUGGACACGUUCGAGUACUACAACAACGAGGAGAAGCCCUGGAGGAACAGCAUCCGCCACAACCUGUCCCUGAACGAGUGCUUCAUCAAGGCAGGCCGAUCAGAUAAUGGGAAGGGUAACCUCUGGACCAUUCAUCCCGCCUGCAUCGACGAUUUCGCACGCGGAGACUUCAGAAGGCGCCAGGCAAGGCGUCGCGCAAAGAAAUGCACUAAGACCGUAUCUGGUCAUCAGAUGGGACGCUCGAGUUACAACAUUAACGUCGGCUACGUUCCAAUGACGUCAUCACAUAUCGCUUACCACCCGUACUGCAACGCGGCGUCCAUGUACUACAUGCAGCAGUCGACCGCGUUCAGCCCGGUAAAUAGUUUCCCUGCAACCGAAACGAGCGCUAUUCUUGCAAAGUUGCUGAGACGGAGCCUGGCGGAAAAUUCCGACAAUGAACAAAAUGCCACGAUUUUUAUCCGUGAGCACGAGGAAAAGUUAUCAAACUCCGACAAUUAG